UGGUAACACCUUUGCGACACACCAGGAAGUUUUUGUCCUAGGAUUAUGCAGAGGUAGAACCUAUUCAUCCAAACACUUACUGUUUGCAGGACCUUCAAAAGCAAUUCAGCACCAGUCAGGUCUGGAGUAAAGAUUUGCAUGGGACUAUAUACAGUAUAUAUAUUAAAUGUUACUCUGAAUGGGUUUAUGUAGCCUGGUUGAGAUGAAGACAUAGAUUGAAAGAAGAACAUGGCACAUUCAUCUUCUGGCAUCUGACAUAGCAGUGCCUGAUUGUUUGGACCGAACAUGGGAAUAGGUGCCUCCAUUACUGUUUGUCAGUCAUUGUCUUCCAUAAAAAUUAAGCACUGCAGUAAUAAAGUGAGACCAGAACUUCGAAGAAGCUUUGGUGUUCCCCUUGAUUCUUCUACCGAAGAGGAACAAGGCCAUCAUGUUCCAUUGGUUGUCAGGCAUACAGUGGGAUAUUUAGAAGAGUUUGGACUGAAUCAUAAAGGCUUAUUUCGGAUCAGUGGUUCAGCAACAAAAAUCAAGGCACUGAAGAAGAAGUAUGAUGAAGGAUCAGAGGUGGAUCUUGUUAAAGAGGGAGAUGUUGAUUCUGUUGCCAGCCUCCUUAAACUCUUCCUGAAUGAACUCCCAAUUGCUGUUUUUCCUGAUGCUCUGUGCACUGAAAUUGUGACUACUUUUGAAGAUAAUACAAACCACAUGGCAGAGUGCAUGGGAUGUCUACAAAGACUAUUGAGCAGCCUGCCGAAAGCCCACUAUAGCCUUUUCCAUUUCCUUGUCAGAUUUCUGGUCAAGGUGGCAUCAUACAGUGAUGAGAAUCACAUGACAUUGGAGAACCUAGCCAUCGUUUUCGGUCCUGCUCUUUUCCGAAUUCCCUGCAGCCCUUCGGCUUGUGAAAAACAAACAAUUUGCAAUGCCAUCCUUUUGCAUUUUCUUCAGCGCCAUAAGGAGAUAUUUGCGGAUGGCUCCAGCGGCAAAUGCUCACUGAUAGAAGGAAAUGAUGGCCCCCAGAAUAUUUGCCCCACCUUGCUGCAUCAGGGACUCACAGAAGAGGCAGAGGAAACAAACCAUUCCUAAAGGAUUUGGCACUGGCAAGGAAUCCAAGACUGCAUGGAUUGUUCCUUCCACUUGGUGUCAGUAUUUUGUUUUUUAUCUCAAUGUUCAAUGUCCUGGAAAAUGGAUUGAAUAGGUUCUACAUUUCCAGAUUAUUAUUGUUUCGACUGCUUACCCCAUAUUGGGGUGAACUCGGGUUUUUUUGUCUGUGCCAAACACUGUUUUUGUUAACCUGAAUAUAAUUAUUUGUCCUAAUCACCAUAGUGUCACAGCGCAGAUUUUCUGAGGAUUCAAUAUAAAGGCAUUUAGAUAGAUUUAGAAGUGUAAUUUACAUGAACCAUGAUGUCCCCUGAAAAUUCAGUGUUGAUGGAUAAUUUAGCAAUAUGGUUAACAAU